UCAUAGUUCCCGCCAUCAGCCGCUCUCCCUGACCAGGGGGAGCGAGCGGCCUCGCUCUUUCGGGCCCGAGGUCCUUUCCGUCUUCCCUCCCGGCUCCCCCGCGCCGCGUGGACUCCGUGCUCUUGGCAGGCCUGUCGGGGGCUCCGGACUCUCAGACACAGCUGAGCUGAUGGCUCCUGGAGAACUGGCCUAGCUGCGGAAUAUGAGUAGUUUCCCAAGAAGAGUGCAUUGCCUUUGGCACAAGGAUCAGAAUAAAGGUGAAUUGUUAUUACAUAGGGUUUUUCAGUAAAAAACUGAAAAAACCUAUCAGGUGAAGGUAUAUUUUUGCUUUUUAAUUUGGCUAGAAGCAAUUUAUUUUUAAAGAAAGUAUGUCUCCUCUGAAGAUACAUGGUCCUAUCAGAAUUCGAAGUAUGCAGACUGGGAUUACAAAGUGGAAAGAAGGAUCCUUUGAAAUUGUGGAAAAAGAGAAUAAAGUCAGUCUAAUAGUUCACUACAAUACUGGAGGAAUCCCAAGGAUAUUUCAGCUAAGUCAUAACAUUAAAAAUGUGGUGCUUCGACCCAGUGGAGCAAAACAAAGUCGCCUAAUGUUAACUCUACAAGAUAACAGCUUCUUGUCUAUUGACAAAGUACCAAGUAAGGAUGCAGAAGAAAUGAGGUUGUUCUUAGAUGCAGUUCAUCAAAACAGACUUCAUGCAGCCAUUAAACCUUCUCAGGGGUCUGGUAGUUUUGGAGCCAUUCUCAGCAGCAGAGCCUCACCGAAGGAGACCAACAGACAGCUUUCUUACUCAGACAACCAGGUCUCUUCAAAAAGAGGAAGUUUGGAAACUAAAGAUGAUAUUCCAUUUCGAAAAGUUCUUAGUAAUCCGGGUAGAGGAUCUUCUAAGACUGUCUCAGGGAGUGGAGUAGCUGUUACUCGUUCAGUUCCUUCUUUGACAUCUACGUCAUCACCUCUUAGAUCAGGACUAUUAGAAAACCGGACUGAGAAGAGGAAAAGAAUGCUAUCAUCUGGCUCAGAGCUAAAUGAAGAUUACCCUAAGGAAAAUGAUUCUUCAUCGAACAACAAGGCUAUGACAGAUCCUUCAAGAAAAUAUUUAACCAGCAGUAGAGAAAAACAGUUGAGUUUGAAACAGUCAGAAGAGAAUCGGACACCAGGGCUUUUACCUUUGCAGUCAUCAUCAUUUUAUGGUAGCAGAGCUGGAUCCAAGGACUACACUGCUGGUGGUACUAACCUAGACAGGACUAAUGUUUCAGGUCAAACACCAUCUGCCAAAAGAAGUUUGGGAUUUCUUCCUCAGCCAGCCCCUCUUUCUGUUAAAAAACUGAGAUGUAACCAGGAUUAUACUGGCUGGAACAAACCAAGAGUGCCCCUUGCUUCUCACCAACAGCAACAGCUGCAGGGUUUCUCCAACUUGGGAAAUACCUGCUAUAUGAAUGCUAUUUUACAAUCCUUAUUUUCACUCCAGUCAUUUGCAAACGACUUGCUUAAGCAGGGUAUUCCAUGGAAGAAAAUUCCAUUCAAUGCACUUCUCAGACGCUUUGCACACUUGCUCAUUAAAAAAGAUAUAUGCAAUUCAGAAACCAAAAAAGAUCUACUUAAGAAGGUUAAAAAUGCCAUUUCAGCUACAGCAGAGAGAUUCUCUGGUUAUAUGCAGAAUGAUGCUCAUGAAUUUUUAAGUCAGUGCUUAGACCAGCUGAAGGAGGAUAUGGAAAAAUUAAAUAAAACAUGGAAGAGUGAACCUGUUCCUGGAGAAGAAAAUUCACCAGAUAUUUCAGCUACCAGAGUUUACACUUGCCCUGUUAUUACUAAUUUGGAAUUUGAGGUUCAGCACUCCAUUAUUUGUAAAGCAUGUGGAGAAAUCGUUCCCAAAAGAGAACAGUUCAACGACCUUUCCAUUGACCUUCCUCGUAGGAAAAAACCACUCCCUCCUCGUUCAAUUCAGGAUUCUCUUGACCUUUUCUUUAGGGCAGAAGAACUUGAGUAUUCUUGUGAGAAGUGUGGUGGGAAGUGUGCUCUUGUCAGGCACAAAUUUAACAGGCUUCCCAGAGUCCUCAUUCUUCAUUUGAAACGAUAUAGCUUCAAUGUUACUCUUUCGCUUAACAACAAGAUUGGGCAGCAAGUCAUCAUUCCAAGAUACCUGACUCUGUUAUCUCAUUGCACUGAAAAUACAAAACCACCUUUUGCUCUUAGUUGGAGUGCACACAUGGCAAUUUCUAGACCAUUGAAAGCCUCUCAAAUGGUGAAUUCCUGCAUCACCAGCCCUUCUACACCUUCAAAGAAAUUUACCUUCAAGUCCAAGAGCUCCUUGGCUUUAUGCCUGGAUUCAGACAGUGAGGAUGAGCUAAAACGCUCUGUGGCCCUGAGCCAGAGAUUUUGUGAAAUGGCCAGCAAUGAACAGCAACAGGAAGACCUGGAAAAAGUAUUCUGGUUUCCUCAAAGUUAUUGUCUUCUUCAGGAUUCAAAAUUAUGCAGAAUUGAGCCUGAUAAGUCCGAAAUGGAAAAUGCAGGAUUUGACAGAAUGAAUGAAGAAGAGCUUAUAGCAGCUGUCUUAGAGAUAAGUAAGAGAGAAACUUCACCAUCUCCAAGUCAUGAAGAUGAUGAUAAACCAACCAGCAGCCCAGAUACCGGAUUUGCAGAGGAUGAUAUUCAAGAAAUGCCUGAAAAUCCAGACACUGUUGAAACUGAGAAGCCCAAAACAACCACAGAGCCAGAUCCUGCCAGUUUUGCUGAGAUAACUAAAGACUGUGAUGAGAAUAAAGAAAACAAAACUCCAGAGGGAUCUCAGGGAGAGGUUGAUUGGCUCCAGCAGUACGACAUGGAGCGUGAACGAGAAGAGCAAGAGCUCCAGCAGGCGCUGGUUCAGAGCCUUCAAGAGCAAGAGGCUUGGGAACAGAAAGAAGAUGAUGACCUCAAAAGAGCUACUGAGCUAAGUCUUCAAGAGUUUAACAACUCUUUUCUGGACGCAUUGGGUUCUGAUGAGGACUCUGGAAAUGAGGACGUUUUCGAUAUGGAGUACACAGAAGCUGAAGCUGAAGAACUGAAAAGAAAUGCUGAGACAGGAAAUCUUCCUCAUUCCUAUCGACUCAUCAGCGUUGUCAGCCACAUUGGCAGCACCUCUUCUUCAGGUCAUUAUAUUAGUGAUGUGUACGACAUUAAGAAGCAGUCAUGGUUUACUUACAAUGACCUGGAGGUAUCUAAAAUCCAGGAGGCUGCCGUGCAGAGCGAUCGAGAUCGGAGUGGCUACAUCUUCUUUUAUAUGCACAAGGAAAUCUUUGAUGAGCUGCUGGAAACAGAAAAGAACUCUCAGGCACUUAGCGUGGAAGCGGGGAAGACGACACGGCAGGCCUCGUGAGGAGCCGCUCCUGGGUGGGCAGCGAGCACUGCAGAUUCCCUUCCUGCCGCCCACCCUACCUUUCCUCUGCUUGAGGAGAAUUUGGAAUUCUGCUUGAUGCGGGAGCAACAAAUAGCUCAGGGCCAAACCAAAAGAUGAAAAUUGCAGUUACGUAGAAUGCUCCAGGCUAACUGUUUUAUGGAAACUUUGGUCUCACAUCUGUAGCUGAUUAUCCUCUUAUUCUCCUACAAGAGUGGCACUUCCUUUUGUCUUAGGAAUACGUGUUGUAAAUAUAUAUGUGUAUAUAUAUGUACAUACACACACACACACGGAAUGAAAGGAGCCUUAAAGAGUUAGGAUGAGCAGCCGGAGCGUGCCUGUUCAAAUGACUAGCACAGCGGUUUGGAGAAGGAGUGAGGUUGUCAGAGUCUGUUCAUCUGGGAGAUGUGUGAGGAGGCGCAGAUCAGUUGGUGUUGAGCUUUCCUGUUCCUUGAGUAGCUUCACUCAAGGCUGUGACCUUUCAUGUGUGUGUCUGAUUAGUACAGCUCACCGGAAAGCCAGCUCUCCCUGUUACACUAACGACGGUUUGUUCUCCUUACAAGAGAGGGACAUUUGUCGUCUGACUUGAGGAGCUUUUUUUUUUAAAGUUCAUGAAUUUGUAAUGCCUUUGCUAUUUACAUGCAGUCCUGAGAAAUGGAUUUGCUGGUGCUUUGGAAUGUGUUAUGGUCCCACAUUUGGUAUCCAUCAUACACUUUGCAUCUCCUCUAGGAAGAGUCCUAUAUUAUUUUGAUGAUGAAGAUAGAGUUUUUUAUUUUCUAGUGUAUCAUUCUUCCAUGGAACAGGCAUUAACCUAAAAGAUUGUAACCAAAACUUAAGGUAGAAAAUUAGGAUUGCUCUAAUUAGGACUCCCCAGCAGGUAUACUUAGGGGUAAGGCAGAACACUAGCAUCUCUCUGUGUCUCAGAGAGCAGUCAAGAGGAGUGUUGUGUCAGAACUAAAAUUCUGGACCACUAAAGCAAAAGCCCCGGAGGUGUGAAAUCACACACCUGAACUAUAAGGAUAAAACUUGAGCAUUUGCUGCCUGGCUUUGCCCUUAAAGAGGAUAAGAAUUCAAAUGUGAUUGGUUUAGGUAAUCUGAAGAACUAGCACGGAACCAAGGUGCAUAAUGCUUUCAUCUUACUCUCUAGGUGCUAUGAGUUGAGGCUAAGUAGGGUUGCACCGUUAAUGCUACAUCAGUCACCGAGCUGACAUAACUAGCUUGGCAAGCAGCUUCCAAAACCAUGAAGAGUGAGUUUGAGACUGGAAUUCUGUCCACAGAAGCAUCGUGUGAGCUCAGACUGUCAUUAGGAUGACCAGUUUUGUAUAACAAAAGAAAACCUUCAUUAUUUUCUUUCAUGCUUUUAUGUAAAUGAGAUUACUCUUUUGCUCUGAGGUAGAAAGAAAACCACCUCAAGUUUUCAAGGGGAGAAAACAUCUUAAAAUCAAUCAUCAUAGAAGAUGCAAUAUCUUUCCUGGGAGAUUACAUUCAACGAGCUCCAGCUGUGCUCUUAGAACUCGGCUGCCUUCUGACAUCUCAGCCCCUUAUACAGCUUCCAUUCUUGAAUUGUACAUGGCCUCAGCACUGUGGCGGAACCACUGACAAAUGCUUUGCCUCGACCAGCCCCCUGCAGAUACACUGUGGUUGACAUUUUGGAAUGAUACGGUGGUGGGAAAUGCAGGAGUAAUUUAGGGCAAUGGAAAAAACUAGCUUUACAAAUUUUGUUUCAUUUCUAUCAGGAGCCUCUUUCUUUUGUUUUUCGCUUGAAGAGAACUGAUUUUCUCAUGAGUGAACGGAGGAUGAAAUUCUUUAGGUAUUACUACUCUUCCCUGUCGUGUUCGCGAAUUUUGAGAGGCACUGUCAAAAAUGAUCGGGAAUGCUUUGAAGUGAGGGCUGCGUUAAGACACAGAAAAAACUAGAAACAAUGCAUCAGCCUGGCUUGCCUCGUGAAGCAGCCUCAUUUGCAGUACUUUGAUAGCUUGCAGAGAUGCACACUUGGCUCAGUAACCUGAUUCCGUGUGCUCUUCGUGUCCUGGGCAGGCCUUGUUAGCUGGAAGCAGGUCUGGGGUAGAGGAGUUACCUCGUUGUUCAUAUGCUUGGCAGUUUGGGACUCUGCUUUUGCUGGUGUCUGUUAUCACUGUGGCCUUGUCAGUCUCCCUUCUGCCGUGGCUGCAUCAGCUCACCCCUGGACUAAAACGGACAGUGCAGCUGGACUUGAUGAUGCGGUUUGUUGAGGUUUUUGAGCUGGCUGUAUAUAUUUAAAAAUUAUAAAAAGAUAAUAUAUUAUUUUUUGCACAAUGUGAUCAGUUUGCCCCGAAUCAGAGGAAGGGGCGGUUAGCACACUGGGGCCAGGGAGGGACAGACUGCUUCAGUUCCCGGCAGUCUGCACAAUCACUAAUUAGCCUUCCUAUCGAACAUACCAAAUGUGUGCUUACGUUACUUUAAAGACUUUAAGUUGGAACUUGAUAGCAAUAAGUUCUGAACACAACCUUUUGCUCUCAGUUGGAAUUUUUUGGAAAGGAAAAAUAAACUAAAUUCAAACUUGUUGGCAAAUUGCAUGUGGCUAAAUGCUGUUUUCCCUUUAGUAGCCAUGAUUAUAACUCAUAAAUUGUGUCUCAACAGAAUAGAAUAAGAAGCAAGUCCAUGAAUUGGUCUUCUAUUGUGACGCCAACCCCUGUUUACUUGCUGUGGUCUGUUCAUUCCAGGCCUUGCUUAAGUGGCUCAGUAACAAAUAUAACAAAUAGAAAUUGUUUACAUUUUGAGACAUGCACAGUGGUACAGAUAAGUUAACUCGGAAAGCAAAUACUAGACUACGCAUGUCCUCAUGUUUCUCUAGUGUUAAAUUCUUCCAAAAGAGAGGCUGUAAGAUUUCAAACCUAACAAGGUGACCCAUGAAAGCACCCUUCCUUACCGCACUACUGUGAUGGAACUGCGUGUGGAUAGUCACACAUCCAGUUGUGUAAUGAAGAUGACCUGCAAACACCCGAACUAAAGAGAGGUAGAUAGUUUGUAAACUGGUUUGUGACCUACUGGAAAGGUCCUAUCACAAGAACAACAGAAACACCCUCUCCCCCUUUCUUCUCUGUCUUCUAAAAUGACUGCAGUGGAUGCUCGUAAUUAUUUAGCCUUUUGUGGGCUUUUUGGAUUUUUGUUGUCCCCUGUUUGAUAUAAUUGACCCUCCAAGGCGGACUUCCCUUGUAAGUCAGGGAAGCAGCUAAAUCUCCAGCUGCACACGGCCCUCGCACACACAAGGAGAGCACUAGGAGAACCAGCGCCCGGUAGCAGCUGCAGCUGCAUCAAGCUGUCCCCGCAAAGCAGAGGAGCCCUUUUCCUUCCCGUCGUGCUUCACACUGCAGACGUGUGCAAGACUAAACAGACUUCUGCCCUCAGACAUCUUUCUAAUGCAUUAAGAAUCCAGGUUGGGUUUUUUUUUUUUUUUAUGUGUCUUAUUAACAUCUGAAAAAAAAUGUGUGUGUUAUUGGAAAACCAUAGCUUUUUAGGCCUUGACCGUUGAGUGACAGUUUUGUUGCUGUGUCUCACCGCAGUCACGGACGCCCUGUGGCAUGCCUGAUUACUACUGCACUUUAGGCAGUCUCUUUCGUUGUAGCCUUUGUACCCAGUUAGUAGAUUGUUUCCUUUCCAUGGGUGCUGUGUGUCUGAGGUUUUCAAGUUUUUAAUGGGAGGUAUGGCAGUCUGCAUAUGAGCAUUUGAUUUUAGUAACAGACUUUUCUUAAUGUUUGAAUUACAGGUGCAUCCACUGCAUAAGAACACAGAGUGGCAUAAGGGUCUGGGUUAGGAUCUAAGUGUGUUGGGUCAAAUACCACAGCAAAGAAGGGGUCCAUUUGGAAAACAGUAGGCCUGUGAGUGAGACGUCUUGUGGGUGUGCACACCUCUGUCCCCGGGUUUCCCUCCCUCACUUCUCUGGCCCGCUAUGUUUUCUUUGUGCUUAGAGAGAGAGACAAAAGUGAGGUGAGGCUCCUACAGUUUGCCUAAUAGAGCCGUGAGCAGGUUUGCUGGCAGCUUGGGCCACACGAUGUGAGGUGAUCCCUUCUGUGUUCAGAGUGGACUUCUGACUCCAGUUCUUUCUGUUCUGUGAGGAGCGGCGCUUUAUCUGUGUUUUAGCAGAACUGUUCCUCUGAUCCUUUACAGUUUUCCCUGUUUUUGUUUCCUUUUUAAAUUAUGCAGAGAGUUUUUGUGUGUGAAAUUAAAGCCUUUAUUAACCUGUUCGCGCGGCUGUCAUUUCUGAGGACACACUCCUGCAGACACUCCGCAGCCCGCUGUGAAGCUGUGGCCACCU